AUGAUGGGCGGAAAGAAGGAACAAGAUCACAAUGAUCCCGAGCAUUUUGAUCGAGCCUUCAAGGCGGUGAAUGCGAAAUUGAACGCCGAAGGGAAUGGAGAAUAUCAUCUCGUUCCGAUUAAGUUGUUGAAAGCUGAAAGCCAAGUGGUUUCUGGGGUCGCCUAUCACUACGAGGCACUCAUUGGAGAAAGCGAUCAGAAAAGAGGGGAUGCAUCGGCUGAUUCGCUCACAAAGGACAACACAAAAUAUCGAGGGAGCGGGGAUCGAGCGAUUUACAAGAUCAAAGUCUGGGAGCAACCAUGGAAAGAUUUUGUCGAGUACAACGUGGAGAAAGUUCGCGACGUCGCACACGAUGAACAUAUU